UCAAUCCAACACACACACCACCCCACCCCCAUAUUUGGACGGCGCAUACAUAGCUAAAAACGAAGUACAGUGCAACGCCAUAAUUCACUAAUACAUCAUAAAUCGUUGAAAGUACCCGCGUUAUAACGACCAAGAGAAAUCUAACAAAUCAAGCGCCCCUUAUCCUCAGCUGUGAGCUGCAACUCUCUAAAACAACCUAAAUGAGCUCGUACUUUGUAAACUCGUUCUCGGGGCGCUACCCAAAUGGCCCCGACUAUCAACUGCUGAAUUAUGGAGCCAGCAGCGGCGCAAUGAACGGCGGGACGUACAGGGACUCUUCCUCCGCCACCAUGCACCAUGCGACGGGCUCUUACGGCUACAGCUACAAUGGCAUGGACCUGACCGUAACCAACCGGGGAGGGGGGAGCAGCGGAGGCGCCAACACCGGAGGACACUUCGGGGGCGGCUCGGUCGUAGGGGACUCCCUGGGUUUCGGCUCCUCCGCCCCGGAGAGGAGCUUCAGACAGCCGUCCAGCUGCUCCCUCGCCUCUGCGGCAGACUCCCUCCUGUUACCCGGCAGUGAAGACUCCAAGCUGGGUGGACAGAACUCUUCUCCCCGCUCCGAGCAACCAGGAAGCGCUAACCUCAGCUCACCAAACCUGUCCUCCGCCUCCUCCUCGGGCGGCGGCGGCUCGACGCGGCGUUUCACGGAGCUGGAUGACGCGUCGCCAGAGCCCGAGGAGCUGCAGCACAACCGGGACACCGGGCACGGCAGCAACCAACCGCCCAGGAGCAGGCAGAAGCAGGAGGGCGGCCCGGCGGGAGCAGGAGCGGGCAGCACGGCGGGCAGCGAGGCUUCUCCUCAGAUAUUUCCCUGGAUGAGAAAGCUGCACAUUAACCAUGAUAUGACGGGCCCGGACGGAAAACGGGCGCGGACGGCGUACACCCGCUACCAGACGCUCGAGCUGGAGAAAGAGUUCCACUUUAACCGGUACCUCACGAGACGACGAAGGAUCGAAAUCGCGCACGCGCUCUGCCUCACCGAGCGACAGAUCAAGAUCUGGUUCCAGAACCGGAGGAUGAAGUGGAAGAAGGACAACAAAUUGAAAAGCAUGAGCCUCUCCUCGGCCGGCAGCGCCUUCCAACCCUGAAAAAAUAUAUUACAACAACAACAAAAAAAAUCCUCCGUCCAUCUCUUUGGGAAGCACGUGCAGGCUUCAAAAGACACAAAACUAAAAGAAACUUGAAGAGACGAAGCGCGUGGAGAGAGGAGCGCGAGGAGACGGUGAUGAAGAAAACAUGUAAAACAAGCAGAUUCCAAAUCUAGAUUUUAAAAACACUCCCUGAGUACUGUACAGCAGCGCAGCACUUUUUAUUUGUCGGCAUGUUGUUGGUCUUUGAUGUUUCAGAGCAACAUAAAAAAUAAUGACGGUGGUACAAAAACAAAACAAAGUAGUGUUCCUGUUUGUUGUCGUCGUUUUAAAAAAAGAAGUGUCUGAAGGAGAGGAUGAAUAAUGCUACCUAACUACCUACAUCCUACCUACUACCUGUUGUUUGAUGUCUAAGUAUCGUUUUAUAUGUCUCGUAUUUGAAAAGUUAGCAUGAGUGCUCUUAUUGUAACUUAUUUACAGCCAAUAACGCGAAUAUAGCGUAUUAGUCUGAGUCCCCCUUAAUCUGUUAUUUACCUCCCAACCAAUCUUUCUCCCUCUGUGUGUGUGUGUGUGUGUGUGUGUGUAUGUAUGUGUGUGUGUGUGUGUGUGUGUGUGUGUGUUGUCUAAACACAGCCCUUAGAAUCCAUCAAUAAUGUUGUGUAAAGCUCUAUUAUUCAUAAAAAAAAGUGUAACUGUAUAUUGUUAUUAUUGUAAUUAUUGAAUCCAUGUUGCAGAAAGGAUGUAAAUAGAUAUGUAUUGACAUUUUUAAAUGUGACCAUUUGGCUAUCUGUAGUUGCAGAGUGUGUGUGUGUGUGUGUGUGUGAGAGAGAGAGAGAGAGAGAGAGAGAGUGUGAGAGAGCAUGUGAUGGAAAUAGCUACCGUCCUGUGAGGCCUGUGAGCUUUCUGCCAAUGAGCUUUUUGUAUUUGUUUGUAACUUGGAGUAAAAAAAAAACAAUAAUAAAGUUUCCAAUAC